GACCUGUAUUUAAUAAAAUAUAUAAAAAUAAUAAUAAAACCUCCCAAAAUGGCGAUGCCUGCAAAGAUUACUCGUGUUUCUAAACUUCUGUCAAAGUAUUUGCGAAGACAUUGUUCAGAUAAAAAUUGGUUGAUUUCAAGAAGACUAACUACAAGUGCAAGCGAUCAAAGAGAAACACAUUUUGGGUUUCAGUCCGUGCAAGAAGACGAAAAGGAAAAUAAAGUUCAUGAGGUGUUUGAAAAUGUUGCAAAAACCUACGACUUAAUGAAUGAUGCAAUGAGCUGUGGUGUCCAUCGUCUGUGGAAGGAUUACUUCAUGGAACAAGUGGCACCCACAAAUGGCACAAAACUUAUUGACGUUGCUGGUGGCACGGGUGAUAUUGCUUUCAGAUUCCUCAACUGUGUGAAAUCACAAAACAGGACUCGUGGACAGGACAAUAAUUUUAACAUAGAGGUAAAUCUAGGUGUGGAAACAAAUGACUCUGAUAGAACAUUGCCAUUAUCUGAAGAUAAUCUAGAGGACAAGUUUCCAUGCCAUGUGUCAGUUUGUGAUAUUAACCAGGCCAUGUUGGAUGUAGGUAAAGAAAGAGCAACUCACCAUGGAUUUACCAGAGGUAUUUCUUGGUUGAAAGGGAAUGCAGAAUGUCUCCCCAUCGAUGACAACACAUACGAUCUGUAUACAAUAGCCUUUGGCAUCAGAAACUGUACACAUAUUGAUAAGGUGUUGGAGGAGGCAUAUAGAGUGCUUAAGCCAGGCGGCCGAUUCAUGUGUUUGGAAUUCAGUCAAGUUAAUAAUCCUUUAGUACAGUGGGCAUAUGACCAAUAUUCCUUCCAAGUGAUACCUGUGAUAGGACAGGUUCUAGCAAGAGAUUGGAAGUCUUAUCAGUAUUUAGUGGAGAGUAUUCGCCAGUUUCCUGAACAGGAGGAGUUUGCAGCCAUGAUUCGGAAAGCUGGCUUUAGAAUGGUUUCAUUUGAAAAUCUGACAUUUGGAGUUGCUGCUAUUCACUCUGGAUUCAAGUUGUGUUAAUAAAGAUUAGAAAUAUGUAUAGGUACAGACAUUUUUCCAGGCCAAAGAUACAUGUGACUGCAUCGAUUCAAACAUGCUUGAUAAGUGGUCAAAAUUAAUGGAUAUUUCCAAACAUUUUAUUUGUCUGACACAAUCAGAUUUGUAUGGAUGCAAAUUCCAAAGUUGAAACAUCUUGCAGCUUGUAAAUGAGAAGGCAAAAGUGCAAGGCAUUAAAAGGAAAGUGCUGGUCAUAAUUUA